UAGGUCGCAAUACGAAGAACUUUUUGACGUUAGUCCCCAAAUGCAAAAAGUCAUUGACGAGGAAUUAUAUACUUACUUGGCUGAUAUUCUUAAGUUAUUGUCUGAGGAAAAAUCCUCUACUAAUAUUAUCGAUUCCCUUGUAGCGUCUGCGCCAACUGACGUUACCAAGAUGAAAAUUUGCCCUAACUGCGAUUUGAAAAAUAUUGAGAAUCAAAAGAAAACAUGCCCUAAUUGUAAAACACAACUGCUGACAUUGACUGCAAUUCAAAAAGAGAAGGGAGUUGAAAUUGACAAUAAUAUAACUAAUCAGCUAACUAAUUUACUCAUCUUUAAACCUUAUAGAAUAAACGAUGAGCAGAAUGUUUCAUAUACUCCUGAUAUUAGUCUUACCCAGCAAUUUACUGAUCAAGGAGCUAAUAUUCCCGAGAUUUAUAUUCCUGACCCGAUUAAUGUUAAUCCUAAUUCUAUCGCAAGCGUUGAACAAGUCCUCUUACAUAUAGAGAAAAUAUCGGGUAUUAGGGAUGGAAUUCGUAAGUGGGUAGUAGUAGCUUGUGACGGUGUCCCAUACCGCUUUGCUACUAAGUUGAAAGAAAAGUUUCCUUGGUUGGUUCUAGUACCUGGGCAAUUACACGAAGAGAUGAAUAUGCUUCAUGCGUAUAUAGAGUUGAACUGGGAAAUUGAUCUAAGACGAUUUGCAAUAUGUCAAGGUUAUCGAACAGAAAAUCAACUCGCCUACUUUAAAAAAUGUACUGAUCAUCAUAAGUCGUGGGAUUCUAUUUGCAUUAUAUAUCGUCAAUCAAUGGCUAUGGAACUUCUAUGGCCAUAUGUAAAAAACCAUUUAAACCCAUCCGUCAAGGGAUAUCUUGCUUGGGUUAAGGAACAGCAGGAUCCACUUUACCUCAUAAAAUACGAACAG